AUGCAUCACACGUUCGGACGGUGGUGGGUGCGAGAGGUUGGUGAUAAGGAACUGCCCAAACAUUCGCGGAGGCCGAAACGACGCGGUCCAAAGAGCCACGGUGCAUCGCGCCCAACCCCGGCGUCGGCGCGACUUGAGAAGAAGCUGGAUGAUCUCAUGUCUCUCAUGAGACUCCAGCAGGCUCCAGCUAAUUUUACAAGUGUCUCUCCCCAGCUUCCAGAGGCUGGCCAUGACGAUGACGGCGGCAACGAAACUUCGCCGACCUUGACGAAUAAUACGCCUUCAGCUUUCCAGCCCGAGACAUACGCCGAUGAACCCUCCCUCGAGGAAGCAGAAGCUACCUUCCGACGAUUCCGUGACGAGAUGGUGCUAUUUGGUUCUAUGGUUUCGCAAAUCGCGGUAGCGUUGAUCCAGGAUCUCGGUCUGAACAUGACGCCCCCCGAGUACCCGUCCAAGGUUGGGCAACUCCUAAACGGUAAAGGGUUUGGACUCUUGCCGCAGAUCCGAAAGGAGAGAACUAUGGAAGACCGAAGAGCUCUCAUAGGAGCUUAUAUAAUUACCUCAAUCACUAAACCACACGAUCACAUUCUCAUCACGCAAGCGAAGUUGCAACUCAUCAUCAAUCGCCUUCGCUCGGCGUACCGUGGAAGCAGUAAUGUCCAAGUACCUGCUAUAUACUCUGAUGCCCUCCGCUCAGAGCUCGAUAGCCUUCUAACCCUUACCGAUGGGGUCAGCAAUAUCUUUGACAACAACUUGUCACACGACAAGGACAUUCAAAACUUUGCUUAUUACCAGCGCGUCGUCAACUCUCUACGUUCGUGGCUUGAUCUAUACUUUUCGAUACCGCUGGACCACCUACGAUUUCUACCCGCUAGUAACUACAGCCAACUUUACUACGUCACAGUGUUCAUCUAUCGAAUAAGUGCUUUGAAGGUACCUACCUGGAACUCGCUGUUGGCGGAAGCAGGUGCGGAAUUGGUGCCAGUCUUAGACACAGUGAUACAGAGGUUUGAGCAAGCGGCGCUAUCCAUGCCAGAUUCCCAGUCGGAUCAGGCUUUUCUGCUCGGCAUCCAUAAGUUUAGCGCCCUAAAAGCGGUCUUUAAAAGUGAAUUCGUUUCUGGCAUAGGUGGGGAAAACGGCAUAUCUCUCUUGCCGCAAGAUACUUUCAUGAGCAUGGCUGAAGCAGACUUUUCGCCCUUCCUCAUGGACCCGGCAAUGUUUCCAAUGAUGCAGGACAUCUUCGAUGACAUCCCGUGGCAAUGA